CAGUCUCUGUGGGGAAGGGCGCUCAUGCGCAUUGCGCUGCCGCAUGGUUCUGUUGACAAGUGUUGCUGGAUCCGUGUUGCUGGCACUACAAGUCUAGCAUGGCAGGAAUGUGCAGCAAGCAGCUUUCUGCAAAGCAUCUUCCUGCCAACCGUAGGACACAAGGGUAGCUUGGGAAGUGACAGUGCUCAUGACAAAAGUGAACCCUGAUGGAAUCCGCUGCUUCGGAAGGUGGCGCUGACACAAUUACUCCUCUACUGCAGUGAAUAAGGACCUCAUUCAGUCAAUCCGUUGCUGACCUCGUCUACGCGUCCAUCAGAGGGCCCACAGGGCAAAUUAGGGUUUCAAAAAACGUCCCGCACUUUCAAGUUCAUCCUAUCUUGUCACUCGCGGGAUUUCUCCACUAUCAGUCUUGGAUCGAGGUCGAGAGGCUUGUCCUCUCUUGACACCGCACGAGUCAUCCACUCUACUUGAUCGAGGCUGAGGCGCUGCCAUGUACUAUGUGGCCAAAGUUGUCUGCGCCCCCUGCAAUGCAAAGUGUUGGGGCGCUCUGUGUGCGGGUUGCGGGAGGUGCUGCGAGGAGUGCCUGACAUGCGGGGGUUGCUGCUGCCCGGAGGACAGGCCGUCCCCUCUAUUCUUGGGGUUCACCGUCCUAAUGAACGCAAUCCCUGGGGUCGUCUUCAUCGUUCUGGGGCUGCUUAACAUCCACAACCACUGCGACACAUAUGUCCCCGCCUUCUUCUACGUCACUGCGGCGAUCAACCUGUUUUUCGUCGGGUUUGCAGUCCACAUAUACACGUACUUCUCCCGGCCCUACGAUGCAAGGGUGGAAGCAGAUGCAGGGCCUAUGGCAAGAGCCUGCCACGUGUUCUGGAACGACCCCUGGGUAGCCUUCUUCGUUCUCUUCUUCAUUGGAGGAUUUGCCUGGGCGAUUGCUGGGUUCCAAGCUUUUGCAUCUGCCCACUGCGGCGAGUCCCCCGUCAAAGGUCACUACCUCCCGAGAGCCGCCGCCAUCUGCGCAGCUCUGCUCCUAGUCUACGUCAUCGCCAGCCUGUUUAUGAUCGUCCUCAGUCUCCUACUGGAAUGCUGCCGCCGCGCCCCCCUCCUAAGCAACAGGCCCCCCCCAAACGGCCGGCCAAACAGCACCCCCCAAACAAUCAUCGGGCGCCUAUUCUUCCCCCAGCAAAGGCCUCAAAUGAUUCAGUCCGCCCCCCCGGGUUACAACCAGGGUUACCCGCAGACCGCUCCUCCCCCCCCAAUUGCGGACAUGGUUCGACCUGCCCCCCCUCCAGGAUACGCUUUCCCCCCGAGUCAUAGCCCCCCGGUUCAGAUGGGUUAUCCAGUUCAGAGCGCUUAUGCCGCGCCUCCUCCUAGACCAGGCUUCGAAGGCCCCAGCCCGCCGGCCUAUGCAAGUCCGCAGCCAGCUUAUCAAAGCCAGCCUUAUGGGAGCUCGUCGUCUGCUUAUAAAAGCCAGCCACCUCCUUAUGCGAGUCCUCCGGCUUCGAAUCAGGGGGGUCUGGGGCCCGGGCUCGUGGCUCCGCCCCCUCCCCCCGGCUAUGUAUCAUAUGACCAAGUGCAUGGACCUUAUGGCAAGGAAACGGGGGGUGCAGGAGCAAGCGGAAACCACCCCCCCGAAUCUACGGCGGCUGACAAGGCGCUUGCAAUGGGGAAACGGUUUGCCGGGAACGUGGGAACGGGGUUGAAGAAGCUGGGGGCUUUUGUCGAAGAAAAGGCGAGUGGGCACGGGAGUGGUGCCAGCGCGGGAAGCCAAUCUAGUAACCCACAAAACGCACCGAAAAGGUGACAGUGUUUUUGCGUGUUCAACACCUUGCGGUAUGGUUUAGAUAGACAUAUUAACAACUUGCGCUCUUGUAGAGCAAUUUGAGCGAAAGGCUACGGAAGGACGGCUUGAAGUAAGCCUCUUAUAAAUUUGGUAUGUCGGGACACUGAUCGUUGAGCAUGAGCUCGAAGACCAAAAAUUGACCUUCAUAAUUGCGUGGGACCGCUACAUGUUGCAGUCCAGCUUUAUUGAAGCAAGCCCGGGU